AUGGGAAUUUAUACUAAGAGUUAUUGUCUCGAGUGUGAGCAAGCCUUGGUAAGCAAAUAUGACGUAUCCGAAGUGGGAACUGUUUAUACUGCGAAUUGGGAAAAAGGUCCAAAAGAUUGUUGGGAUGAGACCGAAUCGAGAUAUGUGGCGAGAAGAGAAUUAAUUAAAAUAGCUUUACACUCUCUUGGCAAUUCUCCAUCCUUAUUCCUUAAAGAGUUAAAAUUGCAUUAUUUUUCACGUGUUCAUAACGGCCUUAUGAUUCGAUUAUUUGGAGUAACUCGGGAGACCGUAACAGGACAUUUCAUGAUGGUAGCAGAGACCAUCGAGUGGGAUUUGAGGCAUUACGUAUCACAUCAUUUUGCUCGUCUUACAUGGUCACGUAAAUUGUCAAUACUUCAUUCAAUAGCCUGCGCUCUUGAACAAUUACAUAAUGGGGAACAAGUGCAUCGUGACAAAGCAACAAAUGGACAAUUUUUUAAGAAUCAUUUGGAAAUUCCAAAACAAUCUGAUGAAUUCGAACGAGCUGAACGUAUACGGAUAAGGCGUAUGAGAUCCAAAGGUUUGGAUACGUCUCCAAACACAUUAUUAACUCCUCCUCAAAUUCAUCGUCAAGCUAUUUAUACCUCUCGAAAACUCAAAUUUCCUAUCAUACCUUUAAACGCUCAAAAAAUCCUUCGAAAUACUACUACUUAUGAAGAUCAAUCUUCCACCAUAGACUUGGCUUCUUUGAAGGUUAAGGAUCAAAGUUUUUUUACAAAAAGCAAUUGUAUGCAACGAAAGCUUGAAGAGGAAGAAAUAGAUGAAGAUAUAGCUAGACAAUAUGAACUUUCUAUUCCUUUUGAACUGCCCAUUGUAAUCUCUUCAUAA